AUGUAUGUUGACGAUAUGUUAAUAAUGGACGAGGCACUUUUAGAAGUUUUAAAUGAAACAGAUUUAAUGAAUUUUGAGCGUAAAUUAGCUGUGGAAUUACAAAUGACACGUUUGGAACACUUCGAUCAUGUCACCGACGAUGAACUUAAGAGUUAUUUAAACAUAUCACAACCAGCAGUUCGUCGUUUACGGCAAGCAAUUAUUGAAAAGAAAAAGAAAUUAAAAAAAUCGAAGGGAUUAUUUUCUACCAUUGGAAGGAAAGAUGGUCGAGAAGCAUCGAAAAUUGUUUCAACUACUGCUACUGCUUUAAGGGAUCCACCUAAAGUUGAAAACAAUACCUGUUUGAUCAGUAAAGAUCAGGUUGAUCUGUUUGAACGGUUAGGUGAAGGAUCAUUUGCCAUAGUAAGACGAGGCGUAUGGAAACGUUCUGACGAUCGAAAGAUCGAUGUUGCCGUCAAAAUUUUGCGCGAAUCUUCCACAGAAGUUAUCCGAGAUCUCGAACUUGAAAUUCACAAUAUGCAAAAGCUGCAGCAUCCAAAUCUUGUUCGACUUUAUGGCAUCAUUUUUGCUAUUCCAGCUAUGAUGGUUGUUGAAUUUUGCGAGGGAGGAUCUUUGAUUGAUCGACUCCGUUCUAAGAGCAAGCCUGUACUUCUUGUUACGAUGUUAAUCGAAUAUGUGCAACAAAUAGCUAAAGGUAUGGCUUAUUUGGAAUCGAAACAUUGCGUUCAUCGUGACCUCGCUGCAAGGAACGUUCUUCUUACUUAUGAUGAUAAGACUGUAAAAAUUUGUGAUUUUGGUUUAAUGCGGAUUUUGGAAGAUAAUCAAAGGUUAUACGUGAUGUCCGCUCAAAAAAAAGUACCUUUUGCUUGGUGUCCUCCUGAGUCACUUAGAUACCGCCAUUUUUCUCAUUCUUCAGAUGUAUGGGCAUUUGGCGUUACUAUGUGGGAAUUGUUUUCAUAUGGGGAGGAACCAUGGGUUGGAUUCCGCGGCGCAGAGGUUCUAUCAAAAUUAGAAAGCGGGGAGCGUUUAUCUCGUCCUUCAUCAUGUUCACGCGAAUUUUAUGAAUUAAUGAUGAACUGCUGGUCAUUUAACGCUGAUAUGAGGCCACGUUUUAGCUUGUUGAAGGGGAUCAUUGCAGAUGUCGGAUAUUCUUUGUAA